GGGGACAGGCACGCAGGCUGCUAUUCCGGGGCUCUGAUCACGGCUGUCUAUUUAUAGCGCUGGGGGGGGGCCGCCUCACAUAGGCAGCAGAGAGGCUGCCCUGCUGCAAUGUCACUGUCGUCACUGCCUCUGCAGGCUGCAGGCACCUGCCACUACCGCAGGGGACUGAGGGGCCUUGGCCCAGCAGGGACCCCAGGGCCUUGGGGCACUGUGUGAGCUGGAAACGUGGCUGGCCAGAUGGGCAGCACCAUGGAGCCCCCUGGGGGUGCGUACCUGCACCUGGGCGCGGUGACGUCCCCUGUGGGCACAGCCCGCGUGCUGCAGCUGGCCUUUGGCUGCACUACCUUCAGCCUGGUGGCCCACCGGGGUGGCUUUGCGGGCGUCCAGGGCACCUUCUGCAUGGCCGCCUGGGGCUUCUGCUUCGCUGUCUCUGCGCUGGUGGUGGCCUGUGAGUUCACACGGCUCCACGGCUGCCUGCGGCUCUCCUGGGGCAACUUCACCGCCGCCUUCGCCAUGCUGGCCACCCUCCUGUGCGCGACGGCUGCGGUCCUGUAUCCGCUGUACUUUGCCCGGCGGGAGUGUCCCCCCGAGCCCGCCGGCUGUGCUGCCAGGGACUUCCGCCUGGCAGCCAGUGUCUUCGCCGGGCUCCUCUUCCUGGCCUACGCCGUGGAGGUGGCCCUGACGCGGGCCCGGCCCGGCCAGGUGAGCAGCUAUAUGGCCACGGUGUCGGGGCUCCUCAAGAUCGUCCAGGCCUUCGUGGCCUGCAUCAUCUUCGGGGCGCUGGUCCAUGACAGCCGCUACGGGCGCUAUGUGGCCACCCAGUGGUGCGUGGCCGUCUACAGCCUGUGCUUCCUGGCCACAGUGGCCGUGGUGGCCCUGAGUGUGAUGGGCCACACAGGGGGCCUGGGCUGCCCCUUCGACCGGCUGGUGGUGGUGUACACCUUCCUGGCUGUGCUCCUGUACCUCAGCGCCGCCGUGAUCUGGCCGGUCUUCUGUUUCGAUCCCAAGUACGGUGAGCCCAGACGGCCCCCCAACUGUGCUCGGGGCAGCUGUCCCUGGGACAGCCAGCUGGUGGUGGCCAUCUUCACCUACGUCAACCUGCUCCUGUAUGUCGCUGACCUCGCCUACUCCCAGAGGAUUCGCUUCGUGCCCAGCCUGUAGCCCACAGUGGCAGCCCACCCACCUCUGCUCUCUGGCCACCAGCUCCAGGCUCUGCGAGGGAAACUCAGGUGAACCAAAAUGUCAAGUAGCGAGCAGGAGGGAAGCCGCGGGCUCAGGGGAGAUGAAGUACAACGGGACAGGUCGCUCCCCGACUUCCAGACUGGGCUCAGAGGGACAGGGGCAGGACACUAGGGCACAGGCCCUGAGCAGACGCAGGGCAGAGCCUCACCUAGGCCAAUCCCCAACUCUCUCUCACCAUUUCCCAGUGCUCCUGGGGCUCAGUGCUGGUCACUGGAACAUCAUAAGGGAAAACUUUAAAGUAGCUGCUGUUGUGACCCAUUUUGCAGCUGGGGACAUGGAGGCUAGAAGCAUUUGCGAGGCACCCAGUACCUCCAUUAGUGUCUGGAGACCACACUCAGGCUGGGUAAGGCAAGCUGAAAGAGGAAUGACUUCCAGAGGAGACGAACCCGGGAGAGUAGCCGGGCCAGGCAAGGGGAGGGAGGGGCGUGGGGAGCCAGAACCACUCCUGGUUCAGAGAGGCAGCUCCCAGAACCCUGGGAAGAGAGCCCUGCCUGGGGAGCUGUGCCAGCUCACAGAGAAGGAGCCAGAAAUCUGGACCAGCCUCUCCCACCCACAUCCGGGAAGCCUCUGGGCUGGUAGCCACAGUGUUUGGAAGCAGGCUUCCUCCGGAGUCUUCGCAGGCUGGAGGUGGCGCGGGUGGCCUGGAAGAGCCUGCAGAGCCCGGCGGCACCGAGUGCACAGUGGACGGGGAGGACCUGGUUCCGCCAUAGCCACGGAGCCCCACCUGGACACUCACCAUUGGCUGUGACGAAGCAGCUUCAGCAGUGCUGGGUGGGCAUCUGUGCACUGUGGGCAUCUGUGGCACUGGGAGGGAGCCCGGCUGAGGGCGGCCGCUGGACACAGAGUCUGGGUACUGCUUGCCUCUGCUCAAGGGUCCAGUUGCCGAAACACUCCUGACGCCGGGGCCAUCAUCCUCCAGGCUCCAGCCAGCUUCUCCUGCACAGAAGCCCAGCCUGGUCCAGCCAGGAGCUGACCCACUGUCCACCCCUGAGUCCAAGCCGGGUGGGCAGUGGCACAACAGCCCCUCAGCCCAUUGACUGGGCCCCAUUGACGUCCUUGAGCAGGAAAUAAAUGCUGACAUUUAUACGUA